AUGGACUCCAUCAAAGCUGGUGCACACAGACUUGACGACGGCACCACUAUCUAUGUCUGUGACUGUAGUACCUGUCUUCAUAAGACGGGAGGGCAGAAUACACAGGUAUCACGAGCUACUUGCUUCAGACACAAGCCCACCAAACUUGCGACAAUUUUUCUACCACCACUCCCCCUUGACAUCGCACCAGAUCCCCCGCAUCUCCCGCAUCCACCUGUUACUGUACCGUGCAUCGCACCAGAUCUCCCGCAUCUCCCGCAUCCACCUGUUACUGUACCCUGCAUCGCACCAGAUCCCCCGCAUCUCCUGCAUCCACCUGUUACUGUACCGUACAUCGCACCAGAUCUCCCGCAUCUCCCGCAUCCACCUGUUACUGUACCCUCGUCCAGCAAGAGACCACAGCAAGAGCUCGAUGAUGAAGAAGUUAGAUCGAGAAAGAAGGGACACACGGACACACCAGAAUUAGCACCGUCAAGUUCAUUUGACUCGCAGCCUAUCAUACCCCAGCCCGAGUCACCCGCUCAUAUACCAGACUAUGACGCGCAUGGGAUGGUCAAUGAUGAUAUUGACCCCAAAGUUGAAGCAUCAACGACUCAGAUGUCCCAACUUUUGAUGGGGUCGACAACCCUCCAGAGCCUGUGGUACAGUCCCCCGCUACAGAUACCUGACAUACUGCGACACCCCUCACUCGAGCGUGAACUAACACCACCACCCAGCACCAAUAAAGGAAAAGACAAAGAGGUACCUAUUGUAGAGGUCAAGAACCCACUUUCUAAUCUUGUUUUGAAACCUCAGCCCAAAGCGAUCCCUAGGAAAGCUCCUACCACUUCUGUCGACUCUUCGACUUCAUCUUCGACUUCUUUGACUUCUGGAGACAUUCCCACCGCUAUUACACCACCAUCCAAUGGCUCUACAUCUGUUUCUAUACCAGAUGGACCUUCGAGUACCGAUACUGCCUCUCUCGCUGUGAAGGUGGAACUCCUGGCCGCCAAUAAGAAGUCGACACCCAUCACGACCGAUUCGAAACCUAGGCCCGAAGCCAUCAAGAAGUGCCAGCCAAGCACAAAGCCUAUGUGUGUGAGCGCCAAGAUAACAGCGCAGAACCUUUGCGCUCUCGACUGGCAAAUGAACAGACAUCAGAGGGAUCCUGCGAGUGUCUUCGCGAUGUACUGGAACAGUUUGUCGAACACCAACAAAGAGGUAUACAAGCACAAAGCGGUCCUACAGCUCAACUCAUCUGGAGCCGUUCAAGAGGGUGGUACCGGCGAUGAUGCGGACGAGGAGUAG